AACGGUGUACUGGAAACUGCUCUUCACGAAAUGUAUGAAAUGUUCUCUCGGCUGCCCGUUUUAUUUCAAUAAGUUUUCAACUUCGAAUUGGCUGGCUCUGUUGCAAACUUUCUUGCAUUGUUGGAGAAGAAAAGAAAGAAGCGGUGAAGAAACAGACUUGAAUUAUUCAACCGCACGAGGUAAUUUAACGUGGGUAAUUUUGCGUGGGCAAAGUGGCAACAGGUUUUUGGUGUAGGGAGUUCUGCUUCUUCUUGAUUACAACGUAUUGGAUAGUAUCUAGACUCGAGCCACAGCAUCCUUGCCACUUACCUGCUAUUUUUAUAGCGGUGACGGAAAUGCCACGCGUUGUGCCACUGAAAAUGAUGUGCAGAUGUAGCAGUGAGACCAUGAAUACUAAAGCAGAUACGCUGAUAUAAGACUCCGAACUGCCUGGCGUGUAUGAUCCUUCCAUUACAGUUGUGCUAGUAUGUGGGUAUUUGGGUUUGAGGUUGGAUGCACAGGAAGUUAAUUUUGUUUUUGUCACAAAAAAGAUGGAACUAGGGCACUUUUCAUUGAGGCAAAAAACUCUUUCACGAAUAUAUUGUAACAUAAAGAACCUUCUUUCGCAUCG